UAGAUGACUGCAACAAAUCUGGUGUCUGUAUCACUGACUGCGAGAUAUACGAGGACAAAUUGCUUCGCGCACUAUCAUCCCAAGUCAGGACGAGGUUUUACAGUUUGUGGGACAGAAUGCCGACGAUAAGUAAAAACUCCGAUUUGGAGUUUGACUCCUUACAACCGUGUUUCUUCCCGGAUGAGGACGACUUCUACUUCUGUGGUCCCGCCGCUGCGCCACCGGGGGAGGACAUCUGGAAGAAAUUCGAGUUGCUGCCCACGCCACCCCUGUCCCCGAGCCGAGCCGUGCUACCGGGGGAGCCGGCCACUGGCGACCCGGAACCGGACCCCUUGGGCUUCGGGCUGGGGGACCCCCUGGACUGGGCUUCCGAACUGCUGCUGCUGCCAGAGGAUGAUAUCUGGGGGGCGUCCGACGAUGGGGACCUGUUCGGCUCCGCUUUGGAUACUAACCCCAACAGCAUCAUCAUCCAGGACUGUAUGUGGAGCGGCUUCUCCGCCAGGGAAAAGCUGGAGCGGGUGGUCACGGAGAAACUCGGGAAGGCUAUUUCCACGGCCACGGCGAGCGGCAGGAGUGCGUGCGUAAAGGCGCCGGAGGUGGUGGUCCACAGCUCCAGCUCCAGCAGCAGCUCGGUGACGGAGUGUGUAGACCCCGCGGUGGUGUUCCCUUUCCCGGUGAACAAGAAGAGCUGCAGCAGAGACUUACCCGGGACCGUAAAUACGUCCACGGACCACGGGAGCGUAUCCAGCGACUCCGAAGACGAAGAUGACGACGAAGCAGAGGAGGGAGAGGACGAGGACGAAGAUGAGGACGAGGAUGAGGAAGAGGAGGACGAGGACGAGGAGGAGGAGGAGGAGAUCGAUGUGGUCACGGUAGAGAAGAGGCGCUCCACAAUCAACAAGGCGUCACCCAUGGCGACAGGCACCGUCACCAUCUCGGUGCAUCCCAAGUGUCACGAAGCCAGAGGCGGUUCCUCGGGGUCCGGCGCCUCGAGCCGGUUCGUCAGCCGAGCCCCCCAAGAGCUGAUCCUGAAGAGGAGCUCGGUCCACCAGCAGCAGCACAACUACGCGGCGCCCUCCCCGUACACCUCGGACGACGACCCCACGCCGCCGCCAAAGAAGCAAAAGACAUCCGACGCCCCUCGCCCCACCAGGACCAUCUCCUCCUCCUCAUCCUCCUCGUCCUCCUCCGUGUCCUGCGGCUCCGUCCCGUCCGCGGCGGCACGCAGCAAGCGCAGCACCAGCGGCGACUGCAGCCCGCGCGGCAGCUCCGACUCGGAGGACAGCGAGCGCCGACGCAACCACAACAUCCUGGAGCGCCAGCGCCGGAACGACCUGCGCUCCAGCUUCCUGACGCUGCGCGACCACGUGCCGGAGUUGGCGCACAACGAGAAGGCGGCGAAGGUGCUGAUCCUGAAGAAGGCCACCGAGUACGUGAGCUCGCUGGAGACGGAGGAGACGAAGCUCCAGCGGGAGAAGGAGCGGCUCCAGGCGCGCCGGCAGCAGCUGAUGCGCCGGCUGGAGCAGGCAAGGACACGCUAAA